AUGAUAAUUCUCAUUUCUACUAGUGAGAUCUUGAUGUAUAUCCUGGCAUUGCUUCAACUUGUUGUUUCAGCACCCAUCCCUGAUGGCGCUGUUUGCACUUUAUAUACCUAUUCCACCGAACUUGUGGGAGAUGGGAAUGCUCAAGUCAGGCAUUUCUACCAACAGCUAAGCGAAAAUCUCAAUUGUUCCAAUGCCGAAGAUUGUUUUGUUGGCGAGACAGAUGCUUCUGCGUUUACAUUUGGCUUUUCCUUCAUGUUCGGCGGCAAUAACAUACCAGGCCUAACCUGGAUCCAAGGCUCCUGGGACGUUUCGCAGACUUGGACAACCUCUCAAACUUACGAUUGUACCGCGGCACCUGAUCAAACUGUUUGCAUCUGGUAUAAAAGCACCCAGAUGUCCUACUUGGUCCAAUCGGUACGUCAUUACUCCUGCGACGCUGGUGAUGAAGCUUCAGAUCCUACCGUCCUUAACAGUCCCAUAAAUGGGAAUCCAGGGGGUGGCUAUUAUUGUGUUAUAGGGACCUGUCGGUCGAAGGAGAUGGUCGAUAACGACUCCGAUGGCCUUCGUAGGCUGAAUCGUUCUGAUUAUGAAGAUCUCCUAGACUACCUCCAAGCAGCUACAGCCAGUCAAAUGUCAAAUGUAGCAUGGGGACCGAGGAUUGUUCCCUGCCAUGGGGAGAGACGCGCUAUAUCUCAGAGGACCUUUCACAUUGGCAUCUGGAGGGAGUCUUCCACUGGGCACCACUUUUCGGGUAUCUUGCUCGGUGGGAAUCAUGGUUCUCUUGUUGAAGGUUCUAUAAUCGACCACGGCACGACCCAACCUUCAUUAGUCCAUGUGCUUAAUGAGCACAAGAGGCAGUACCGAGUGUCUCCUACUACUUCAUCUAGCUCUAGCAGCGAUAGCGAAAGCGACCACGGCGCCGGAGGCUCAGGGGGCAGAGGCGGUGGCCAGAGAAGACGGAACGGCAGAACGGUUAAAGGGAAUGAUUUGCCUAGUCAGUGGGAGGCGUCUUAUAAUCGCCGAGGAAACACCUACUCGAGUGCGCACAACCAAGGAUACGCGUCCACCUCGAGUUACGCGAACGCUGCGCCGUAUUAUCUCGCCGGUUCAUCGAACUAUUCAACAUCCUCAUCUUACUACACAACACCUUCGUCAUCUACUUCCUCACAGACAAGAUACUACCAAGACAGGGCUACUGGGCGGAAUUACUACAUCGAUUCUCAGGGAAGGACUCGCUGGGUUUAA